GCAUUUUAUGACUUAUUUAUUCAUUACAUCAUUCACCGACGGUAACUGGGAUUGGGUUUGAUCUCAGUCUCUGAAAACGAACAUUGCAACGAAUACUGAAAAUUCAGAGAAGAGCCUGUCAUGUCCCUCCUGUUUUUCUAAAGUUUCCAGUUAAACAAACAAAAUUCAAGCCAAUGGGUUUUUGUUUACACACUCUUCCAUCUUUCUCUGAAGUUUUGAAGGAGAUCAAAUCCAAACUAAGACCAACAAAAUCCAAUGGUCUUAAUACAAGGCGUUUAGCACUUCCAGAGGAAUUAUGUUGUCGAUUUUCACUAGCCGACAUCAAAGCUGCUACCAACAACUUCCAUAAGAACAUGAUUAUAUUUGGAGGGAAGAUCAAUGAUGGAUUCUAUGCUAUCAAACGCUUGAGGCCAACCUCUGAUUCACAUUUACCGCUCCUGGAAUUGAGAUAUGGGGUGAAGUUUCUCAGCCAGUUGCACCACCCCAACAUCAUAUCUCUCCUCGGUUACUGCGACGAGAAAGAAGAGAUGAUCCAUGUGUAUGAAUACGCAAACAAUGGGAGCCUCUACGUUAAUCUCCAUGCUGAAAAUCACGAUCCAAUCCCAUGGAAGCGAAGGCUGGAGAUAUGCAUCAGCGUAGCUCGAGCUUUACAUUACCUUCAUACGGGAGCGAAGUUUGUGUUAAUCCACCGGGAUGUCAGUAGCAAGAACAUCCUUUUGGACGACCAAUGGACUUCAAAACUUUGCAAUUUCAGUUUCUGCAAGAGGGGGCCUCAUAGCAUGUCAAGGGAUCCGAUUUCCAUUGAAAUAGAAUCAGAUAUAGCUUAUACUUCUGCAUUCAUUGCUCCGGAGGUAGCAAUCACUGGCAGGGUAUCGCAUAAAACUGAUGUUUUUUCAUUUGGGGUAGUUUUAUUUGAAGUUCUAUGUUGUAGACGCAUAUUUGAUGCAGAACUGGAGAUGGAUCAACGAUUUCUAUAUCGUUGGGCAUGUAAAUGCAUCGAGAAUGGAACAAUUUACAGUAUAAUCGAUCCAUAUCUCAAGGGAAAGAUAGGUCCACAGUGUUUGAAGAAAUUCUUGGAGAUUUCUUAUAGUUGUGUCCAGUUUGAAGAAAACAAAAGGCCUACCAUGGGUGAGGUGGAGGUGACAUUGGAGCUAGCAUUAGAGUUGCAGAAGCAAGCAGAGUCCGAAAUGGAGAGUACAAAUCCACAAGAAACAGCAUUCGUCGCUUCCAGAACACCUAUGCCGUCAAUUUUCACUAUCCAGAUCGAAGCCGCCACCACCAACUUCCAUCAAGACAUGAUCAUUGGUCAUGAAACUUAUGGGGAACCAAUUUACAGAGGACUCAUCGAUGAUGGAACCCUGCUUGUAGCUGUCUGAUGUUUCUACUACUGCCCUGAAGAGUUUAUAUUAACGGGCGGAGGUGAUCGACAGUUUCGAACUGAAGUGCAGUUCCUUUGCCAGCUGCGCCACCCAAAAUCUCAUCACCCGCAUUGGAUUUUGUGAUGAGCAAAAUAAAAUGAUUCUCUUGCACCUACACUUAACAGCACAAACAUCCUUUUGGACCAUGGAUAUGCUCCUAAGCUAUCCGAGUUCGGGUAUUCCAUGAUGGGUCCACUCAGCAUGUCGAAUGAUUUGAUAAAAUCGAGAAAGGGAUCGUUGAUUAUACAAAUGCUGGAAUCUACACUGAUCCCGCUGAAUUUUAUGGCCGGCCUGUGACAUGAAAAUCUGAUGUCUACUCAUUUGGUAGAAAACAAUCCAAAUUUAGGGAACUUCCAAUUCAAAGUCCAGGAAUUUAUGUGAUCUUUAAAUGUACUAAAAAUGGUACCGUUUAUGAUAUCAUCGAUCCAUAUCUGAAAGGAACGAUAGAUUCAGAUUGCUUACAGUUGUGUUGGGAAUGGGUGAAGUAGAGGUUAUGCUAGAGCAUGCAUUGAAGCCUCAAAUAAAGCAGAUUCCAAAAUGAUGUGUAACAACCUUCAUGCUGAAAACGUAUCAGAAAGUUGUAGCUAUUCUGAUAAUGGUACUACUGGUGGGGGGAUACAUAUCGGACGAUGUCUGUAGAUAGCCUGUUAAGAUAAUUAUAAAUAUGUUUUUGGUUCAAGCUGUCUUAUAUUUAAGAUUUCGGAAUGAUGUUACUUUGUUUGAA